UGUUUGGAAAGGCUAGUCGUAUGAUGUUGUUUGACUGCUUGUAGAACAGAUGCGUGAAAUGAUUUUGAAGUAGAUCGUGAUUUGUCUCUCAACGACAAUUAUUGUUGUAUUUAACUUGAGUGGUGUUAUUUCUGUACGUGCUGAGGUUUGGAGAAAUUUGUGAGUGCUUCAGUUUGUUGUGAUACUGCUGAAAGGAGAUGUUUUUGUUGUUACUGGGAGGUUGGCGGUAGUAACGAAAUUGGCCUUUACGUAGUUGUGCCGUUCUUUCGAAGAUGGAUCAACAGAAGCAAGAUGAACUGCUGCGGCUGCAGCAGACUGCUCUUGCAGAGAAGCAAAGAGAGGAACAGGAACUGUUUCGUCUGCAGCAAGAAGCACUUCUAGAGAAACAGCGGGAAGAAGAAAUGAGACAGAGAAUGACAGUUCCUCCACCAGUAACAGUGCCCAGUUCUGUUGCAAUGGGUGGACAGACAUCUCCAGUUGUGCCUCCUGGUAUGGAAUUAGCAACUGUACCUCCAGUGAGCAUGCCAUCAGCACCUCCAAGGAUGGUGCAGGCACCAAUUUCCAUGCCCCCACCUCCAGGCAUUGAGCCUAUAGGUGUGGGGCCACCAGGCAUAGGGCCCCCCGGUGUUGGGCCCCCGGGUGUUGGCCCUCCAGGGGUUGCACCCCCAGGGGUUGCUCCGCCGGGAGUUGGGCCCCUAGGUGUUGGUCCCCCAGGAGUUGGGCCUCCAGGAGUUGAUCCUGAUGAGGAUUCAUCUGACAGAAAGUUGCCAUCUCUUCUAACUCUGCACGUGGAACCGCCUUCAGAAGUAAAGGAAGUGAAAUUGCCAAUGGCUUUGGAACAGGCACUUGCAUUUAAAACCGAGCGUGCAAAACAAGUAGGAGUGGAACCUGAUGAAAUGCAGGAGCAAGAAGUUCCUGAGCCACCACCUGCGCCAGUCAUCAGCACCCCAGGCCUGAGAAAUGUGUAUGAAGGAGAAGAGGAAGAUGAGGAGGAAGAAGAAGAAGAAGAGGAGGAGGAGGAGGAAGAAGAGGAAGAACAAGAACAGGAGAAAAAAAUCAAGCCCAAAACUGUAGCCUCUGAACCUCCUGCACAGCAGGUUCAGCAGCCUCAGGCAGAACGACAAAGCAAGAACAAAAGGAAAAAGAAACGAAAGAAAAGAGCAAGACAUAGGCAACAGGAACAGCAAAAGCAGAAGGCAGAGGCAAAGAAGCAGCCAGAUAAGGAGACUGGUGAAAAAGAGCCUGACGUGGAAAUAGAAUACAUACAAGAAACUUUAGGGCUGAAUGAACUUGAUCCAAUGUAUCGUCAGUUUGCUCGCAUUUUUGAAACAUUCCGCAUAUCAGAACCUGAGAAAGUGGAAGAGAUGCCACAACAGGUGCAGAAAGAACCAGUAAAGGAACCCGAUUUGAAAAAAGUGCCAAAAUUAGAAGAAGACUUUGAUGAUGAUGCAGAAGAGGAAGAAGAGAAGAAGGAAGAGGAGAAAACAAAGCUUUCAAAGCGUAAAAUGAAGAAACUGACAAGGCUCAGUGUUGCAGAGUUGAAACAACUUGUCAGUAGACCAGAUGUUGUUGAAAUGCAUGAUGUUACUGCCAGAGAUCCCAAACUACUCGUUCAGUUAAAAGCUCACCGUAAUACUGUUCCUGUUCCAAGACAUUGGUGCUUUAAGAGGAAGUAUUUACAAGGUAAAAGAGGGAUAGAAAAGCCACCUUUUGAUCUGCCAGACUUCAUAAAAAAGACAGGAAUUAUGGAGAUGCGUGCAGCGUUACAGGAGAAGGAAGACCAACGAACAUUGAAAGCAAAAAUGAGAGAACGUGCCCGUCCAAAGCUUGGAAAAAUUGAUAUUGACUACCAAAAACUCCAUGAUGCAUUUUUUAAAUGGCAAACGAAACCUAGGAUGUCAAUCCACGGAGACUUAUAUUAUGAGGGUAAGGAGUUUGAAACACGUCUGAAAGAAAAAAAACCAGGUGACUUGAGUGAAGAGCUACGAACUGCAUUGGGCAUGCCUGUAGGCCCUAACGCUCACAAAGUUCCACCUCCUUGGCUCAUUGCUAUGCAAAGAUAUGGACCACCACCAUCGUAUCCCAACCUCAAGAUACCAGGCUUAAAUGCUCCUAUACCGGAUGGAUGUUCCUUUGGUUACCAUGCAGGUGGUUGGGGAAAACCCCCUGUUGAUGAAUCGGGAAGGCCUCUUUAUGGAGACGUUUUUGGUGUUCAGAGUCAGGAUUCACAGGCAAAUAAUGAUGAAGAAGAAAUUGAUCGAACAACAUGGGGAGAAUUGGAAUCAGAAUCUGAGGAAGAAAGUGAAGAUGAAGACGAAGAUGAAGAUGAGGAAGAACGGCAGAAAGAAGAUGAAACUGGGCUUGUUACACCAGCUGAAGGUCUUAUCACUCCUUCUGGCAUAACAUCAAUACCUGCUGGCCUUGAAACACCUGAGAUCAUUGAACUCAGGAAAAGAAAAAUAGAAAGUGAAAUGGAAGGGGGUGAAACACCUGUGCUAUACCAGGUGCUUCCUGAGAAACGUGUGGAGCGUGUAGGUGGAGCAAUGAUGGCCUCAACACAUAUCUAUGACAUGACUGGUGCCGGUGCUCAACCACCUCCUGGAGGACAAGCACCAAGACGCCAUGAAGGUCCUGGCACAGUGGAAUUGGCUUUGGAUCCCUCUGAGCUUGACUUGGUGGAUACUGAAGCUAUGGCUGUGCGGUAUGAACAGCAAAUCAGAGAGCAGCAGUCGCAGCUGCAAAAGGAAGAUCUUUCAGACAUGCUUGCCGACCAUGUUGCGAGGCAGAAGAAUAAGAGGAAACAAAGACAGCAACAUCAGGACAAUAAACAAGCCAAGAAAUAUAAAGAAUUCAAGUUUUAAUAGUAUGAGUGUAAAAAGCUGUUAUAGAAAUCUAUGGACUAGUUCACAUUACACAAGCAGAUGGAUUCUAUACUGUGAUCAUUAUUAACUUUCAUGCAGUGUUGUGUAUAUGGCAGUAAGUGACAGUGAAAGCAUUAUGCAGAUUGAGUAAAUUUCUCUUCGUAAGUUCACUUGUGAUUUGUACCAUGCUAUGUGGCAUUGUUUUGUGGAAGAAUAAUAAGAGGAUGCUUCUUCAUAUUAACUGUCGUACUAUAGAUGGCUUAUUGAGUUUCUAAUGUGAUGCACACGUCAUUGCUGAUGGAAUUUCUUUGGUGAGAAAUUAUCUGUUUUAAAAAGAAGAGUAAACUGUAAAACUAAUUAUAGCUUAUUCAGCACUGAUGGAGAGAAUAGUGUUUUCCACAGAAUAAUUGUUCUCUUUUCUUUCACAAAAAAUGUUUGUGUAAAUUGUAAAUGUGAGUAUUGCAGAGUGAUCUACUUCAUUGUGUCGAUGUAGAGAUGCGACAUUGUGAUAAAGCUGCAAAAAAAAAAAAAAAAAAAAAAAAAAAAAAAAAGUCUUGGUGGGAAAAAAUUAGACACAAAAAACAUCACUAAUAACUUGUAGUGUUACACUAAUCAGUUGAGUCCUUGUACAAUAUUUGUUUAAACAUGCUGUGUCCAUUAAUGUCUACUGAUCAUUGUGUCAUUUCAUAUGCCCCAUGUGCCACUUUGUUGUGUUUAAAAAUUGAAUAAUGGGAAAUUCAGGAUGAAAUGGAACAGUAUUAUUAAAAGGAAACUUGCUACUCACCAUGUAGUGGAGAUGCUGAAUCGUAGAUAGGCACAACAAAAAGACUGUCACAUAUAAAGUUUUCGGCCACUAAGGUCUCCAUCAAAAAUAGACCCCCCCCCCCCCCCCCCCACACACACACACACACACACACACACACACACACACACAGACCCGUGUGCAAGCACAGCUCACCCACACAUGACAGCAGUCACGUCUGGGUGAGUUGCAUUUGCAUGAGUGUGCCUUACUGGUCGAAAGCUUUAUUUGUCUUUUUGCUGUGCCUGUCUGCAAUUCAGCAUCUCCACUGUAUGGUGAGUAGCAACUAUCCUUUUCAUAAUAUUAUUAAAAAUUGAAUAGUAUGAUACCUGUGACUGAACAGGAGAAGCUUGUGACAAGUUGUUUCCAGUUAGUCGUUGAGGCAUUCUUGGAUUGGCAGUUGGUAGAGCACUACUUGCGAAGGGCAGAAAUGAUAAUUAGUAGAUAUUUCUUGAGAUUGUUAAAAAAUAGAGCCAAAACCUGCUGGAGUUAGCCCUCUUUACACCCAUCCUUCAAUUCAUUUUUGGGGAGUGGCGACUUUUAUCUUGAGAAGUGUUGUUUGUUUGUUAUGAAAUUUGGUUAACACAUUAGUCUAAAUUCUGACCAUGUCUAGUAAAAUUAUUUCUCUUGCUGUUGUUAGUGUCCUGCUAUGAUUUGUUUUAACUUCAUGCACACAUUAUUCAGUUAUUAUUUGUUACAUUGAAUUUCUUCAUUUACACAAUACCAGCUCUCCGGAUCAUAUCUCAUGAGCGGAUUAAUAAUAUAAUACCACAAAAGUUUUGUUCAUGCUUACAUUCAUAUUCCUACAGAAAACACAAUCAUAGGUAAUGUGUACUGCUAAUGUAUUGUAAUUUAAGGUUUUAAUUGUAUUGUAAAUGAAUUUUUUUCACAGUUGCACGUCUUAAGCACACUAAAGAGGUGUUUAUGACUAAUUCCAUCAUGCAUCAAAUAUAUAUUUCCCCUGUCAA